AUGACCAGCCCCGGGCGCGUGAAUAAACAACGUUUAGGUCCGAGACGUAGGCUAAAUAGUGAGCCGUAGAGCGCGAGGGCAGUGUAAAAAAACGAGAAAACUUAGAGGCUGCCCAUGGUGCUGUAUCGCCCCACGGCGUCCCCUCAGUCUGCGAGGGGACCAACGAGCCUGUGAGCGUCAUCCUUUCUACGACCUGUUCAUACCUGAGCUCUCGUGCGAAUGCAGGGAUGAUGUACGUCCAUAGGUUCAGCCACCUGACUCGGUCUCAGUCCGCAUGAGAACAUGGACGAAGGACAAGCGGAUAUAAACCCCAAAUGAAGAACCCUCUUCGGCUCGACAAACAUGUUGAAGACAUCAUUUGUCACGUACUUUCACUGGUUAUCUAUUUACUGAGCAGCUCGAGCCCGAUUCAGCCCCGUAGCCGUUCGUUCCUUCAUGAAGGGGAUUUGAACAUGUUGUAAAAUAAAAACAUGGACUGCUGUAAUUUAGCUGCCCUUUAAGCAUAGGAGGUCUACGUUUUAAUCCGAGAAGAGCGACGACACCCGCCGAGACAUGGCUCGUCUACUUGUUGUGGUCAACUCCGUGGUCCUGUUGCUUUUUGGCAGCGGCAUGUUCUUGGUAGGAGCAAACCGGCCACCAGCUCCUGUCAAUGUGUCCGUCAUGCACCUGCGGGCCGACUCGGCAACUGUAUCCUGGGAGGUUCCAGAGGGAGACAUAAUAAUUGGCUUCUCUAUCUCACAACAGAGGCAGGAAGGACACAUGCAACGAUUCAUUCGGGAAGUCAACACCACCAGCCGCUCCUGUGUCCUUUGGGACCUGGAGGAAGAGACAGACUACAUCAUCCAGGUCCAGUCAAUUGGUCUCUAUGGGGAAAGCCAAGCCAGCAAGAAGGUCCAUUUUCGUACCCUCAAGAAGUCAGACCGCUUCCCUUCCAACAGCUCCAAUCAAGAUGACCCCACUGUGCAGGGUCUGGACAAGUCCCGGCAUCUACAAACUGGAGAGAUGAUCAUAAUCGUGGUGGUCUUGGUCAUGUGGGCAGCUGUUAUUGCCCUGUUCUGUCGGCAGUAUGACAUCAUCAAGGACAACGACUCCAGUAACAGCAAGGAAAAGGCCAAGCCAUCGUCGGAGAGGAGCACGCCGGAGCACCACAGUGGAGGACUGCUGAGGAGCAAGUUUCAUGCUUCUGUGCCGUCUAUCAACAUCAUUGAAGUUUGAGAGAAGAAGGAAGCUGAAGUUAAAUUCCACCACUCUCUCUUUUACCGUGAAUGCAUUGUCAACCUUUCUUACUGAAAGCUGAAAAAUGUGUAGUUUCUGUGGGUGAUCAUCAGUGAAUAAGGUUGGCCGAGGCUGUCUUGCAAGACACACUUGCAUGCACACAGAUACAUACCCUACACACAGCUACACGCCCCUAUAUGCACAAACACACAACACAGAGUAGCUAACCUACUCCUGCAGGUUGAACAUAAACGAAUGUUAACCCAUGAUGCUGUUAGCAUUUAUGUCUUUGCCAGGUGCUUGGUACGUUAUUGCAAUACAAAACACAUAAUACCACUGAGGCCAGGAGGCCUGUCUCCAUGACUUUAAAUACGCAUUGUAUUUUUGAUAUCGGCAUGUGCGGUUAGAUACCACGUCCACCUGUUAUAGGCAACUCAACUCUAAAUAAAUCCUCCACUGCAAAUGUGUUAAUAUAUUGUCUGAUCACAAAUGUAUAUUAGCUGACUGCUGAGGGCAGAUUGUUAAUUAGCAGAGAAAGCAAAUAUAUGUAUCCAAAAUUAAUUUGUAAGAACCACCACAACAUGUCUUAAUUUUUUCUGAUUAUUGAAAUUAAAAUAACAAUUUCUGGAUAAUGUUUUUCAUAUUUCAUACAUAACAAACAUUCAGUCUGUACAUAUUUCAUUCAUUUUCCAAAUGAAGUUGCAUGCAGGUCAUGUGCCUGUAGAAUAGCAUUUGAUGUGCAUUCUAAGUUAGAUACCAAAAAUGGAGAAAUAAACUUGAUUACAGUACUGUGACGCUGUUAAUGUUUUCUUCUAUUUUGCUGCUUUUAGAACAGGACACCAUCUCUCAUCAUCCAGUCAAUCUUGUACAUUGCCUGACAAUUGUAUUACCUGAAGUGUAAAAAUAAAUCUUAUUUUGAAUGUCC